AUGGAUCCUCAUAAUGAUGUACCAAAUCUGGGACCUAACCUGAUGAUUGGACUGUGGCUUUGUUGUUCGUUGGCCUGUGCCUUCUUGUCCCUGCGUCUCUACUGCAAAUUUAAGCGGCACGUCUCGCUUCAAUAUGAUGAUUACCUGCUCAUCAUCUCUUGGAUCGCCCAGUUAGUCUGUAGCGUUCUGGUUAGCAUCAACGUAGCGGUGGGAUUUGGAAAGCACACGAAAGAUGCAGUUGCGGAAUAUGGUCCUGGAAACCAGGUUGUCGUGACUCUAAGAGAAACGAUAGUUGGGUUCUUGCUGACGAUGGCCAUCUCCUGGAGUAAAACAUCUUUCGCGGUUACGUUACUGCGUAUAAUGCGAGGAAAGAUGAAGUUGUUCCUCUGGGUGAUCAUUAUUUCUAUGAAUAUUUUGAUGACGGUUGGGGCGCUGUCUCUCUUUCUUCAAUGUUCUCCGGUAGCGAAAUCGUGGGAUGAAGCCAUUCCCGGCGUUUGCUGGCAUGAUUUCAACAUGGUCGCUGGCAUGUUCUCUUCGGCAUAUUCAGCCUUGAUGGACUUCGUCCUUGCGUUACUUCCAUGGCCACUGAUUUGGCAUCUCAAAAUGAAAACUAAAGAGAGAAUUGGAGUAGCUGUCGCUAUGAGUAUGGGGAUGUGUGCUGGUGCCACUGCAAUUGUGAAGUGCUAUUACCUACAGAGACCCCAUGGCGAGGACUUCUUCUACGAGGGAGGCAACUUGGUCAUGUGGGGUAGCGCUGAGGUGGCUACAACGAUCAUGGCUGCUUCUAUCCCUGUGCUUCGAGUGCUCGUACGCGAUAUGAGGGAAUCGGUUGCUUGGGCGCGCAACGCAGGAUCAGUUAGAGGCGCAUUAAGGUCAUUGGGGCGCAGGUCACGAAUGAUAAGUGGCCAGACUCCUUUUGCUGGCCAGCAGCCGCAAAUACUGCGCUCCGAGAAUGACCAGGAAAACGACAAGACGGUUUUGAGCUGGGCUGGUUCCGGAGGGAUCACCAGAACGCAGGAAGUGCACAUCAGCUUUAACACCCGGGAUAUUGUGCACUUCGAUGAUGGACUUGAUCCCGAUGGCUUGGGGCAUAAUAUGGAUAUAUUAGAAUUCGGAAGAGCUGUAUAG